UUUUAUACCCACUUUUUUUUUGGUGUUCUAGAUCGCGCUACCUUUAGUCUUCUCUCUCUCUCUCUCUCUCUCUUUUCCUCUCCUUCUGUCUCGUUUCUUGAUGCUUUCUGAUGGUCAAAAGAUCGGCGUAGGCCUCACAGCAGUGGGUGUCCUCUUCAUGUUGAUGGGCAUUUUUACCUUUUUUGAUGCUGGAUUAUUGGCCGUGGGCAAUAUCUUAUUUCUAGCAGGAAUCACCCUGACGAUUGGUGUUCAACGUACAGUAACCUUUUUCGCUCAAAAGAACAAGAUCCGCGGCACUAUUUGCUUCCUCGGCGGCAUUCUAUUAGUCUUUUGCAAGUGGGCCAUGAUUGGUAUUGCUAUCGAAGUAUUUGGCAUUUUAAACUUGUUUGGUGAUUUCUUCCCGCUGGUCUUUGCAUUUUUGCGACAACUUCCAAUCAUUGGAUCUCUUUUGAACCAUCCUGGACUGAGCAAUACAUUUGAUCGAUUCACUGCUGGCCCUGCACUACCCGUUUAAUAAGAAAAGCGGAACUUACAAUGACCGCCAUAUUCGCUAACCCUUUACAUACUUGCUAUUUUGUUAAUAAUCAUCCAUCCUCUACUUUUUAUAUACUCUCAAUGGUGUACAAUUCCCUUCUUUCUAUAUAAUGAUACACUACAAUCUUACGGCUCAUUGCAUUAUCGGUAAUUACACUAAUUUUAUUACAUCUCUAUAUCUAUUAAUAAAUCAGAAAUCCAUGAAACCUAAAU